UCACACUGAACCGCGAAAAAAAGUUACCGCAAAAGGGAAAAAAUUGCCGAAUAAAAUAAAGAAACAAUACCAAUACUACAUAAUUCAUGACGAUAACAAACACGUGCCACGUUGUUUUGGCCAUUGCCAUCGCCGGCUAGCGUUUCACUUUGCUGGACAGAAGGAGAGUCAGAGGCAUCGAGAGAGUGAGAGUGAGAGAGAGACGAGACGAGACCAACUUUCGCACCGCUCCGCAGCGUGUUCAAAGCCAAAGCAACAGAAUUUAUUAAUUAUUUUAAGCCAAAACACCGAUGUGCUGAGAGCUCAAUUGGUGGCCAACAGAUAUACAUUAUAGUACAAAACGAAACGAGAUGAGUCUACAAUCGAUCAAAUACACUCGGGGCAGCCUGGAGAUACUGGAUCAGCUGUUGCUGCCGGUGCAGUCAAAGUAUUUGCCGGUGCGCGGUGUGGAGGACGGCUGGAAGGUCAUCAACAAGAUGCAGGUGCGAGGCGCACCGGCGAUUGCCAUUGUGGGAUGCCUGUCCCUGGCCGUGGAGAUCCAUCCGGAGGAGUUCGAGAGCAAGAAAUCGCUGCGGCAGGAGCUUGAGGGGAAGCUGAACUAUUUGGUUUCGGCACGGCCGACGGCAGUCAACAUGAAAAUUGCCGCCGAUGAGCUGCUUGUGCUGGCCAAUGACCUGACCAAGGAUGACGACGUCGACGUGGCCGCCAUGAAGCAAAGAUUCCUGAAUGCCACCGAGGCGAUGCUCAAGAAAGACAUUGCCGAUAAUCGCGCAAUCGGUGCCCACGGGGCCAAGGCCAUUCUCCAGCGUGUGGCUGCGGCGGCCGGAGCCCCAAUGUCCGGCCCAGUGCGUGUUCUCACCCACUGCAACACGGGAUCACUGGCCACAGCGGGCUACGGCACGGCUCUGGGCGUUGUGCGGCAGCUGAGUGAGCUUGGAAAGUUGGAGCACGUAUACUGCACAGAGACACGGCCGUACAAUCAAGGAGCACGGCUUACCGCCUAUGAGUUGGUGCAUGAGAAGUUACCCGCCACCCUGGUGCUGGACAGCAUGGUGGCGGCUCUGCUGCGAGCCAAGAAUGUGGCUGCCGUCGUUGUGGGGGCAGAUCGCGUGGCGGCUAAUGGCGACACGGCCAACAAGAUCGGAACCUACCAGAUUGCGGUGGUGGCCAGGCACCACGAUGUGCCCUUCUAUGUGGCCGCCCCACUGACCUCCAUCGAUCUGCAUAUACCCAGCGGCGACCACAUCAUCAUCGAGGAGCGACCAGAUCGGGAGAUGACCCACGUGGGAGAGCAUCGGAUUGCUGCACCGGGCAUCAACUGCUGGAAUCCCGCCUUCGAUGUGACGCCCGCCUCCCUGAUUACGGGCAUCAUCACGGAGCGGGGCGUCUUCAAGCCGGCGCAACUGAAAGAGGCGAUUACGAAGCUGCUUGAAUCAUAACAGGCGCACAGAAUUUGUUGUUAACGAUUGCACUCCAUACACCCUAACAGAAAAAACAGAAAAACAACACACACCCAUGCGCUCAGAAUAGGCAUUUUGCCAGCUGAGUUUUGUUUACAAACGUGUUCCCGAAAAACGUAGCCCGUGCAAUUAGCCGACCAGAUGUGGGUCGGCCGCAGGGGCAAUACAACGCACAAUAUACCUCCUACAUAUGUAGCCCCA